UCCUGCCUCCCCCUUCCUUCCUUUAACACCGCCCCCUUUCCCCCACAAGCCUCCCUCCACUCCCCUCUGCUAAGUAUCUUUACAACGCCUUCUUUUUGGUCCUUUUUUUUUCUUCACAAGGCCUGUACUAGAGUCAUGGCGAGGGCGAAAGGUCAUUGCAAGGAGCUCAACAAGGACUUGUCCUCUGAUUGUCACUGCAGCAGUAGCAGCAGCAGCAGCGGCAGCUUGUAUGGGGUCAAUCCCUCGACGCAUGGAACUUGCAGAGCGGCCAUCAACGACGUCAGCGUGAGCCAGAAGAAGUCCGAUGUCGAGGGCUUCGGGUCGGGUCCCGGCCAAGAGACUCAACAGGAAAGCUAUGGCGAGGUGUCGAACUUGAUAGACGUCAUCGAGCUGGUGAGGCAGAAAAUAACCGAAGGGGAGAUCGGGAUCGGGACCGCCGUUCAGGUUGUGCAGGACGCGAUCGCGUCCUGGAGGGUCGGCGGGAACGGCGAGGCGCUGCACGCGGCGUUGUUUCUCACAGAGCAAUGGAGGGGCGUGUUUGAGCCCAAGCCAUGGGAGAAGCGCAUUGUGUUUCCAUCACCGGUUUCGCUCGAGCGGAUUCUGUUGCCUUCUUCGUCGUUCAACGAAGUAGAAGCAGCAUUUUGUGAGUGCUUUGUUGAGAGGUACAGACAGCCUUAUGCGCCGUCAGGCAGAAUGAGCGCACUGCGGACACUCGUACGCCUCACCGACGAGGCCGGCGGGAGGGAACUCUAUCUUCUUCCCCUAAGAGCGGUCGCACUGCUAGACAUACACUUCCUUUGCCAUAGCCGCGAGGGCGAGCUAGACUCUGAGGACGAAAGGGACAUGCUUGAUGGGUAUGACAGUCCUCACCCCGAUGCCAGAGGUCUGCCGCUCAGAACCUCAGUCCUGAUCUGGCAACGACUCUCAUCCUCGUUCCAGUCUGACUCGGAGUCAGACCUUAUUCAGCAGCCCUUGGAGUCCGAAGUGGACCUUCUUCAGCGUCCACACGAUGCCAAAAAUAGAGGAGAGCUGCUGGUGAUGAGAGAUAAGUCAAACGCCCGUCAGCAGAAGCAGCGGCUCUUUGGAAUCUGCAAGGCUAUGGAGCUCACCUGUACCAGUCACGUGUUGGAGGUCUGCAUGAAGUUCAACAAAGUAGACCUUUUGCUGAAGGCUCUGCAAACUGUCGAGGAACGAAUUGCUGAGGCUGAGCGGCUGGGUCUGCAAGAGGAGGUGUUCCUGGGGUUUCAGGAUCUGGCGUUGGUAGGCAAUCAACUUGGCAUCCAUGAGACACAGACUGGCGAAUGGACGAUCGAAAGGUGUUUGACGCUUCUCAUCAGAGUCAUCUGCUUCUGUAACGUAAAGGGGUAUCAUAAAUGGGGUAUGCAGGUGUAUGCCAAGAUGGAAGACGUGGCCCAUCGACUGCCCAUGCGAAUAUUGCCUGGCCUAGUCGAUUCCCUGAGGUUCCAGAGUCCGCAGUUGAAGAUUGCCAGGAAACUCGCUGAUGUCAAUCCCCCCUGCCUGGAGGCUUUGCUGACUGAGCUAGGGUUAGUCUGCAACGUCGCUAUGCGUCUCUACAGCCUUGAGCUCGUCGACAGGGGGACGCUGGAACUGCAGAACGCAUUGAGACUUUUCAACUACAUUUCCCAUCAGUUUGGCGACCCUUCCACUUGGUACCCGUUGGAGGUCACUGGUCUCCUGUGGGCAGAACGCAACAAGAUUCUCGGUAUGUUGGUCUUCCACCAUGGGAGUGUGUCCGCAGACACAGACGAACAGAGUCUGCGAGAUAGUCUCAAGUUCUACAGGAAUUGCAGAGAAGCCUACCACAAGCUGCGCAUUCUCACCUUAGAACGAGAGGCAACUUUGUUGAUGCGUGAAGCUGUGGUGCGCUUAAAGAACGAGAUGGAAGGGCAUCCUCCCAUCCCAGGUCCGGAAGACUUGGAAGAGCUGAUGGACACGGCGAUGGAGAAGGCGGAGGAGAUGGGGCGUCGAGGCCAGGACUGCAGUUCCAUUCACGAACUCAUUGCGAUUUUUGAAGCAGGUCUUCUGAGGUGGAAGGGAGAGAAGCUACCGACGAGGGUGGUGACGAAUUUGAUGGCGUCGGCCACUAUCUGGAAGGAUGAUGACGCACUGCACCUUCUUGCAGGUCUUCACGACCAGGAAGGAGAAAGAGAAGCUGCUGUGCAGUCGAGAGUGGUGGCCAUGACUUGGUUCCAAGAGCAGCAGACUGAUACAUGUAGUCUCUCUGACGCCUGUCUGUCACGGUAUGGAGAGAUGGAAGCAGAUGUAUUUCGUCAUCUGCAGUUAGAGUUCUUAAAUCACCUAAGAGUUGGCGAUGCACUGAUCUGGAACGAGUGGUCACGCCACAGGUUUCUCUCCACUGUCCUUAUACAGGGCAAGUCUGGGACUCCUGCUGCUGCUGCUGGUGCUGGUAGUGGUGGUGCUGCUGCUGCUACUGCUGCUGCUGCUGCUGAUGUUGCUUCCAGCAGCACUGGCCAAUGCAGCAACAAGUCGAGUGAACUUCCAUCGGAGUGGGGGUCUGAACUUCCAUCGGAGUGGGGGUCGCCAGAAGAAACAUACAAGAAGUUGCUCUCUGGACAUUUCGAAUCGGACAAGUCCACCACACUGAGCAUGAUCAUGGCCGGUUGCCGCUUGUGUGGGCCGAGGACAGCCCUGAUCGAGUACGUUUUUUGGAAAACGGAUGAUGGUACGGAGCGGAUUCUGAUUUACGUCAUGACCAUCGAGGAUCGCAGUUUGAGUUGUGCUAUGACUAUCAAGGAUCCCAGUCUGACGAGGUGUGCUCCACUGAGCUACAAAGGGUCGGAAGGGGUGGAAGUGCAUUUGCGCCGGGUCAAAGAUCUGAUGGAGUCGGAUACCUCACUUCCCCCUUUGUUACGUGACCCUCGACGACGAUCACUGUCUAUGAAGCCCUAUCUGAUAGAGCGUCACACGGUGGCGACUGUACCUGGUGUUCAUCUUCUUCCUCUGCUUAAGGAGAGAAGUGAAAAUCUGCUCAACAUGAUGUGUCAUCCGUCUAUUCCCGUAUCCAACUCUGAAGGACUUGCUGCGGUCGGUGGAGGAACAAAAACGGAGGAGCAUAGUGCUUGGAAGUCCCUCAUCGUUGGUGAUCCUUUUGUUAUGCCCGAGGACUUUGAUGCAAACGCGAUUGCUUAUGCCAGAGAGGAGGCGCAAAUGAUCCAUGACAUGCUUCGACCUGGAACGGCCACACUUCUCACUGGAAGGCAUCCCACCAAAGCUCGCGUGAUGGAUGCGCUCGCAUGCGGGGCUCCUCUCGCUCACUUUGCAGCGCAUCUGCAGACUGACUCACCCAGGGAAAUAACCAAUUGGAAAGGUAUACACGGUGCGGAGAUGGGGAUAAUGCCACUUGCUCGUCAGAACGACGAGGGUGGUCAUUCGCCGACUAGCAAGGGUGAGACUGAAAAUGCCAUCAUGAUGCGUACUAUGGACAAGUCUGCUAACGGACCAGGUGCAGAUGGAGCUCCUCCACCCGCGGCUGAGCCUGGUCCAGAGUUCUGGCCAUGGUCUUUGGACGAAACCACCAGGAGGGCGAGGCUGCAGCUCGCCCGUUCCGAUCUGAAGAAGGGGGAAGGAGCUUCAGAUCUGGAUGCGCUGCUGCAGGGUCUCUCCAACAUCAACCCUCUAUCUCAUGAGGAUGAGACUUACCAAGGUCCUAACUAUCAUCCUGCAGGUCUGUCGGCUCAAGAAAUUCUCAAGAGCUUCAACAAUGACUUGAGAACACUGCUGGUUGUCUUAAGCUGCUGUGACUCCUCCAAGGGUCGCCCUAACCCGGAUGAGCUUCUGAACUUCGCAAGGGCGUUCUAUGUUUCGCUAGUACCUUGUGUGGUUUCAUCGGUUUGGAAAGUUGAAGAUGAUGCUACUUUCGCAUUCAUGGUCCCCUUUUACAGCGCUCUUCGUGAAGGAAAGGAUGUGUCCUCCUCGCUUCGCUCUGCCAUGCUCAGCAUGCUGUAUGCCGGACGGUCAUUGACGACUACCACCACCUCCUCACCUUCCUCUUUACCCCCUAACAUUGCUUUCUUUCUGGAAAUUGUUGCUGACUCAUACAGCGGCAAUGCUGGGAGCGGCAACAGCAAGGACAGUGAGGACAGUGAGGACAAGGAGGACACGGAGGACAGUGAGGACAAGGAGGACAGUGAGGAAAGCAAGGACGUGGAGGACAACGAGGACAGAGAGGCAUGUUUUACUAGUACCAGUAUUUUGGCGCAGGUAGAUGACAACCUGAAAGCAUAUCCACCCCAUGAGGACGACCUGCUGAACGGUCUGUUACAGAGGAGGAAAUCUGUUCUGUCCAAGCUUCCUUACCCGUCUGCUCACAUGCAAGCCCCCAAAGAUGAAGAGGCUGAAGAGGAAGGGGAUUGGGAUCCUUCACACUGGGGUGCAUUUCUGUCCAUUGGCCUUCCCACUCUGAAGAUGCCCGACUGGUUGUUUGCAUCCUCGACAUAAUAUGAGACAACUGCGCCUGUGACCGGUGCAGAGUUCUG